UUCACUGGGGGCUGAAUUACUCGCCGUACUUCACCGACAGGCUCGCAUGAAUGGAAUAAUUGCCAGUAAAAAUUCUGGACUCAGAAAUGGAAACUGGAUGCAAAGAUUUACAAGUUUACCUUUUUAGUCAGUAUCUUUAGAUUAAAAGUAGGAACGGCUUUCUCUUGAUUUAAGUUUAAAGUGUCGUAUGUUUGUUUGUGUGUGAAGCGGAAGCUAGGUAGCCGCUAGCCUGAAACUAGCAGUCAGGCUCCAUUUACAUCUCUGUUAGCCUGUCGAGCUAGUCAGCCCCCUUUCGACAUCAUUAACCAAAAACACAGCAAAGAUGUUGGAAAUUAUACUGGACCUCCCGGUGGAAAAGCAGAUAUUUUAUGCUGUUUUGGGGUUUUCAUGGACAGUGUAUUUAUGGGAGGCAUACCUUGCACACAGACAGAGGAGAAUAUACCGAUCAACGACACAUGUGCCGCAAGAGCUUGGGAAGAUCAUGGACACUGAAACGUUUGAGAAGUCCCGUCUUUAUCAGCUGGAUAAAAGCAACUUUAGCUUUUGGUCUGGACUCUACUCUGAGACUGAAGGGACGCUCAUCCUGCUCCUGGGUGGAAUCCCGUUUUUGUGGGGUGUCGCUGGUUCUGUGACAGCUCGUUUUGGGUUCAGUUCAGAAUAUGAGAUCACCCAGUCCCUGGUGUUUCUGACCCUCGCCACCCUGUUCAGUGCCUUCACUGGACUUCCCUGGAGCUUGUACAACACAUUUGUCAUUGAGGAGAAGCAUGGCUUUAACCAGCAGACACUGGGGUUCUUCCUUAAGGAUGGUAAGAAGUUUGCUGUGACCCAGUGUAUCCUGCUUCCUGUGACCUCACUGCUUCUGUACCAUCAUCAAGAUUGGAGGCGACUACUUUUCAUCUAUGCCUGGCUCUUUACCUUAGCAGUUUCUCUGGUACUUGUAACCAUCUAUGCUGACUACAUCGCUCCUUUGUUUGACAAAUUCACUCCACUGCCAGAUGGAGAGCUGAAGGCAGGGAUUGAGGCUAUGGCCAGCAGUAUUAGCUUCCCUCUGACUAAAGUCUAUGUAGUUGAAGGUUCCAAGCGUUCAUCACACAGCAAUGCAUACUUUUAUGGGUUCUUCAAGAACAAACGCAUCGUGUUGUUUGAUACACUUCUGGAAGACUACUCCCCUUUGAACAAGACUGCAGAACAGCAGGCCGAGCAGCCAGAGAGCAACGAGAUGGAUGGAGAAUCAAAAGCCAAGCCCAAGAACAAGAAACAGGGCUGCAACAACCCAGAGAUCCUUGCAGUCCUGGGUCAUGAGCUCGGCCACUGGAAGUUGGGCCACACUGUGAAGAACAUCAUCAUCAGCCAGAUGAAUUCCUUCCUAUGCUUCUCCCUAUUUGCUGUUCUGAUUGGACGGAAGGAGCUGUUCGUAGCUUUUGGCUUCAAUGACAGCCAACCCACAUUAAUUGGCUUAAUGAUUAUCUUCCAGUUCAUCUUCUCUCCUUAUAAUGAGCUCCUGUCCUUCUGUCUGACGGUGCUGAGUCGCAGGUUUGAGUUCCAGGCAGACGCCUUUGCACGUGGCAUGGGCAAAGCCUCCGAGCUCUACUCCGCUCUCAUCAAGCUUAACAAGGACAACCUGGGCUUCCCCGUGGCCGAUUGGUUGUUCUCUAUGUGGCACUACUCCCACCCUCCCCUCCUGGAGCGCCUCAGAGCACUGGGCAACAUCAAGCAGGACUGACGGGCUUGGAAGGGGGAGCAGCGGUCGCUACCUCCUCCAAAGGGCCUUCGCAGACCACUUCUGGCCCUGUGAUGCAUCCUGGUCUUUUUCUACCCAUCUCUCCCCAUCCUCUUGUUUUAUUCUUUUAGGGAUUUUUUUCACUUGCCAUACUUUUCUUUGUAUUCUCUUUGAAACUUUGUUUUAAAUGAAACUGAAACAUAUCAGCACAAGGCAGCCUAAAAAGUCUCAAAACUGAACCGAAGUUCUCCUUAAAGUGUACACUCAAUAUGCACUUAAUGACAGCAAAACAUCUGACCGAUGUGGAUGUAAAAAAAAAUUAAAUAAAGAAAGAAAUAAUGUCAGAGGAGUACGGGUCACUUUUUGCACAUUUUAGUUUUUAACUUUUAUUUCUACAUUAGUUUAUACUAUUUAGUUAACUGCAGCUUAUGGCUAUUGUUCAGUUAUAGAACAGAAAUAAUUUAUCUUCAACACCUGAAACUUUAUAAUAAACGUGCAACAAGCGUCAUUUUAAAGAAAGGCUUAUACGGUGGUUAAUCCUAUAGUAUACUGUGAGUUGUAUGAAAUCAAGAAAAACUCAGACAUGGCUGUUUCUCACAUUUGAUGUUUUUUUUUUAGACCAGAGGCCAGAUUGUUUUGUUGUCCUGCAAGUGCAGCUGCUGCUUUUGUAGCAUAUCCACAAGCAUGUUAAGUCAAGAGUACACACAUUAAUCUUGUGGUUAAAAUAAUAUGUGCAGUUCUUUUUUUUAAGUGAAAAGGAACUGUGUAGAUGCUUUACCAUAAUGACAAAAUGUGAGUGCCUCUAAUUAUCUCUCUGUUUCAAUCAUGGAUGCCAGUAUGAACAGAGAAGAACAGAAAGUUUAAUUUAACUUUAGGUUUUGACUUGUGUUUUUUUUUUUUUUUUCUUCAACAUUCAAAGGGGGGGGGGGGGGGGUUGUGUUUUAUGUUUUCAGGGGUACUUGCUUGUAUACAGACAAGGGUCCAACCAUAACUGUACAUACUGUAUGUAACUUUUGAGGAAUAGUGUAAUAGUGUAUGAAGUGCAUUUGUGGAGAAAAAAAAACAUGUUGAAUGUGAUUUGACAUUUUAAGUUGAAGUCGUACCUCUUAGUUGAAUGAAUUUGGGCUUGUGAGCUCAGAGUUGCCUGGCGAAGUAUUUAUAGGGGACUUGGGGAAGGGGGUACGUGAAGUUCCGUGCACCACUUAAACCAGUGGCUGGUUGGUUCAAAGAGGGGCGUAUACUUUCUUUGCAGCAUUAAAUAAAAAUCUUCAGAGCA